GGGGGGGGGGGAGUGAAAAGUAAUGUGAGAGGGCUUUCUUUCAGAGAGUUUAUCAUUUGUGGAUUGCAUCGACCUGUGUGCUAGUUUUGGUUAUGAGGAAGGUGGCUGUGGGGGCAGCGGUGGUGUGCGCGGAGGCGGUAUGUGCUGCGGCGGCGCUGGUGGUGCGCCACCGAAUGAAGAGCUCCGGGCGGUGGGCCAAAGUCAUCUCCAUAUUAAAAGAGUUGCAAGAGAAGUGUGAGACCCCGACGGGAAAGCUCUGCCAGGUGGCCGACGCCAUGACGGUAGAGAUGCACGCCGGACUCGCCUCCGAAGGCGGUAGCCAUCUCAAGAUGAUCAUCAGCUACGUCGAUAACCUACCCACCGGAGAUGAGAAAGGAUUAUUUUACGCAUUGGACCUUGGUGGCACAAACUUCCGUGUCCUGCGUGUACAGUUGGGUGGGAAAGAAAAGCAUGUUAUCAAUCAAGAAUUUGAAGAAGUUUCGAUUCCUCCUCAUUUGAUGGUUGGAACUUCUGAGGCAUUAUUUGAUUUUAUUGCUGCGGCACUUGCAAAAUUUGUUGCCACAGAAGGUGAAGAUGAUAAUCUUUCACCCGGUAAACAAAGGGAGCUUGGUUUCACAUUUUCCUUUCCAGUUAGCCAAUCAUCAAUUGCAUCAGGGACUCUCAUUAAAUGGACCAAGGGAUUCUCUAUAGAAGAUGUGGUUGGACAAGAUGUGGUGGGAGAGCUGUCAAAAUCCUUAGAAAGAGUUGGCCUUGAUAUGCGUGUGGCUGCUUUGGUGAAUGAUACAAUUGGAACAUUAGCUGGUGGCAGAUAUAACCACCCUGAUGUCAUAGCUGCUGUGAUCUUGGGUACUGGAACUAAUGCGGCAUAUGUGGAGCGAGCGCAUGCAAUUCCCAAGUGGCAUGGUCUACUGCCCAAAUCGGGAGAGAUGGUGAUCAACAUGGAAUGGGGUAACUUCCGAUCAUCACAUCUUCCAAUAACAGAAUACGAUCAAACUCUGGAUGUAGAGAGUUUGAAUCCUGGAGAGCAGAUUUUUGAGAAGAUGAUUUCUGGCAUGUAUCUGGGAGAAAUUGUACGCAGAGUCAUGUGCAGGAUGGCCGAAGAAGCUGCCCUUUUUGGUGACACAGUCCCACCAAAGCUGAAAAUUCCAUUUGUUUUAAGGACUCCUCACAUGUCUGCUAUGCAUCACGACUCGUCUUCUGAUCUGAAAGUGGUCGGGAGCAAGCUAAAUGAUAUUUUAGAGAUAUCGAAUACUUCUCUAAAAACAAGGAAAGUAAUUGUUGAGCUUUGUGACAUUGUUGCCACUCGUGGGGCUCGCCUUGCUGCUGCUGGGAUUCUUGGCAUCCUCAAAAAAUUGGGAAGAGAGACGGUGAGGGAGCGGGAGAACCAGAAGUCAGUCAUAGCAUUAGAUGGUGGACUGUUCGAGCACUACAGCAAAUUCAGAGAUAGUUUGGAGAGCACCCUUAAUGAGUUACUGGGAGAGGUUUCUGAAAAGAUUGUCAUUGAGCAUUCCAAUGAUGGAUCGGGCAUUGGAGCUGCCCUCCUGGCGGCCUCUCAUUCCCAUUACCUUGAAGUUGAGGAGCCUUGAUUCUAGUCAGAGCCCCGGUAUUCCCAUGAUGCAGCUUUGACAUUUAGGUUUUGUAUAUUUUCCAAUUCCCCUACUUUCUUCGCAACUUCCAUUGGAACAUUUAGAGUUUUUUUCUUUCCUUCCUACUAUAAGAGAUCACGCUCGCAAAACCAUAAUUUAUGGCCCUGUGAGGGAGGCUUUUAACUGAACCGACGCCUCCCAAAAACUACAUUAAUGGUUUGCCAUUCUGCUCUUUUUCUAGCAUUGGAAGUUUGUUGGUACAGAGAAAAUACGGCAUAAAGACGGGAUUAAAGCUGUUAAUUUGAGUAGCAACUUUUGGUGUAAGAUUCUCCUCUGGUCUAUUUAAGCAAAUACAACAAAUGUUAUGGGAGUAGUUGCUAUUGCAAGUGGUGUUUGUAUAUACAGAUACUAAGCAUUGUCGUGUUGAUGGAGCAUGGAGA